AUGGUCUCCUCAUCUGCUUCCAGCUCCACACCCACCAGUUCAACCCCCGAUGACCUUCUACGGAAUUCCUCAGAUGAGAGAGUCCCAUGGGUCGUUCAGAAAUCCAACAUUCCUGAUUAUCGAGUCGCCCUCGUUUGCUCUGCUCGCUCAUCACACACAAAAGCCCUCGGAACUACAAACCUUCUUCUUCAAGCUUCUAAAGAAGCUCUACUCCCACCCAAUCCUGCACCGUCCGGCACACAAACACCUUUUUUCCCUAAAAGAGUAGGCUCGGGCUUCUUCGGUGAUCGAGACAGAGAAAGGGAGUCCAGCGUCACAAGGGAUAUGAGCGCCAGUUUGAUGUCUUCCAUCUCGUCGCUGAGAGAAUUAGAUUUGAGAAGUUCAUCCCCAUCCCCUUUCAUAUCCAGCGGAGGUAGAUCUGGAUCUCCACCCAUCAGUCCGCGAUCUCCUAGAGCAGGCGGGGAUGUGCCGGCUUUUGAAGAAACGGUCGAUGUUUUGAAGAAAGGUCAUUUGGAUGCUGCCAGGCUAGCGGUGAGACCUGGAGCCAUGAGAGAUGAGUUGGAAGAUGAGAUUGAGAGAGAUUGUGAGAGUCUUCGUAGUUUUCUGUACGCCGCUCAGAUUAUUGACGAAAUCUCACCAAGAAGUCAGGAUUCGAUUAUUGGUACCGGAGAGAGGUUAGCAUGUAAAAUUGUCGCCGCUGCUUUGAGAGAUAAGGGUGUCGACUCCGAAUUCGUUUGCCUCGAUAGUAUAGUCGACGCGACAGUCACUUUUGUCACCGAAAGUGGUUUGGCGACGUCGGGCGAUCAAGGUGCAGCGCAACUCAGUCAAGAAUUUUACGACCAAUUAGCCAAGAGGUUGGGUGAACGUAUACGAGCCUGCGGUACCAGAGUACCCGUCAUCACAGGUUACUUUGGUCCGGUUCCUGGAUCUCUCCUCGCUCAAAUCGGUAGAGGUUACACAGACCUGUGCGCUGCCUUAUGUGCAGUAGGAGUUAAAGCCUCCGAAUUACAAGUAUGGAAAGAAGUUGACGGUAUUUUCACUGCCGAUCCUCGUAAAGUUCCUUCGGCAAGAUUGGUACCAGUCAUCACACCUGACGAAGCUGCCGAACUUACUUAUUACGGUUCUGAAGUUAUACAUCCUUUCACCAUGGAACAGGUUAUCCGCGCUCGUAUCCCCAUAAGGAUCAAAAACGUCGAAAAUCCUUCAGGAGCAGGAACGAUUAUAUAUCCAGAUGAAGGUCUCGUCGCUCCCAUUGCGGGAGGUAUAGUGACGGAGGCUUCAAAAGUACCAACGGCAGUGACUAUAAAAGAUCAUAUCAUAGUUAUCAACAUACAUUCCAAUCGAAAGACUCUAUCACAUGGUUUCCUUGCCCGUAUCUUUGGAACUCUGGAUCGAGCGGGGGUGGUAGUGGAUCUUAUAAGUACUUCAGAGGUCCAUGUGUCCAUGGCGAUGCAGGAGUUUCAUAAUAAGAAACGACUGGAUAGGUUGGUGAAGGAUUUGGAAAAAAUCGGGGAUGUGACGAUAUCGAGAGAGAUGGCUAUUCUGAGUUUGGUAGGAAGGAACAUGCGACAUGCCGUUGGAUGUGCGGGUAUGAUGUUUACAGCUUUGGCUGGAGCGGGGAUAAACAUUGAGAUGAUUUCACAGGGUGCGAGUGAGAUCAAUAUAUCAUGUGUCAUCCUCGGUCGAGACUCGUCCAAAGCUCUCAACGUCAUACAUGAAACUUGCAUCAACGGCGUCGCUUCUCCUCGUCCCUCACAGGUGAUCCUGCAAUAAAUCCAUUGUGAACUAGACAUCAUAUGCAUAUCUACAAGU